AUGGCUGCCGCCCAUCUAGAGUACAUCGCCGCAGGAGGCAACAGGCAUCCAUGCGCCGCAGAUUGGACCGAGGAACUGCUUGCAUAUGGAAGUGGGCAUAAUAUCGCCAUCUGGAGACCGGAGUCCAACAGUCACCAGGGCGUUGAGACGCUACUUGCAGCCCAUACCGACAUCGUGAAUGCAGUCAAGUUGUUCAGAGAUCCAACCUCAGCAAAGCGAGUUUUGAUCAGUGGCUCUGCCGACAAGACUGUAUGCAUCUGGAUCGAGAAAACUGAUGGGAAAUUUGAGUUGGUCAAGCGCUUGACGGAACAUACUGCUUCUGUCAAUGUCGUUGGUGUUUUGCCCGAGUUCAGUGUUUUUGCUACCGGAGCCGCCGAUGCAACUCUGAAAAUCUGGAAACUGCGUGCAACCGAGACAGAGGUCGAGGUUGACCUUGUCCAGAGCAUCAUACUUGCGCCUCGCUACUUCCCUCUAGCGAUUGCAAUGGCCAAACUCCAGAGUGGUCAACUCGUGAUUGCAGUUGGCGGCACUAUGGCAAACAUUCAAGUUUAUAUGCAAAACAAGGACACUUUCACACUCGCAGCCAAGCUCACCGGACAUGAAGCCUGGGUGCGAGCAUUGGACUUUACUCGCGAGAGCUCUAAGCCCGACAGCGACUUCUUGCUCGCUUCCGCAAGUCAAGACAAGUAUAUCCGUCUCUGGCGCUUCCACGCUGGUGAGGAGCUUCCUGAAGUAGCAGCUGCAGCAAGCGACCCAGCUAUGACCGUGUUCGGCCGCUCGCUGUCUAACAAGGCCCACUGGAUCGGAGAGGGAGACUCAAAACACUCAAUCACAUUUGAAGCCCUGUUGAUUGGACAUGAGGAUUGGAUCUACACAGCUCGCUGGUUUACAAAAUCUGCACAAGACGCAGCGCCACAACUUCUCACUGCAUCAGCAGACAACUCGCUUGCCAUGUGGGAGCGUGACGCUGAUGGCUUCUGGACCUGUGCGACCAGACUGGGCGAGAUCAGUGCGCAGAAGGGAUCAACCACUGCGACAGGAAGCACAGGUGGUUUCUGGAUCGGACUGUGGUCCCCUUCUGGCAACACAGUGGUCAGUCUGGGAAGGACAGGAAGUUGGCGCGCAUGGUCUUACAAUACUGCUGAAGACCGUUGGUUGCGCGAGCUUGGAAUCUCUGGCCAUGUGCGUGCGGUCAAGGAUAUCGCAUGGUCAAACGAUGGCACCCAACUCAUGUCCACCAGUUCAGACCAGACCACCCGCCUCUUUGCUCAAUGGAAGCGAGACGACGCAACCACAUGGCACGAAAUGGCGCGUCCCCAAAUCCACGGCUACGAUCUAAACUGUCUAUCCGCCAUCGGCGCAACCCAAUUCAUCUCAGGCGCAGACGAGAAACUCCUCCGCGUGUUCAACAAGCCCAAAGCAGUUGCCCACCUGCUCGCCAAACUUGGUGGUACUGCAGAAGACGCAGCAGACGCAGACCUCCCGGACGCAGCAAACAUACCCGUCCUCGGUCUCAGCAACAAAGCCAUCAAUGCCCUCACCCCCGAAGAAGAAGCCACCGCCGAACCCUCGGAAGAAACCACCAUCACAAAAUCAACAUUGGAUCUCUCACACCCGCCGUUUGAAGACCAUCUAGCCCGCCACACUCUCUUCCCCGAGCUCGAGAAACUGUACGGACACGGUUAUGAGAUUUCCUGCGUGGCUGCUAGCAAUGAUGGCAGUUUGAUAGCUACAGCUUGCCGUGCUAGUUCAAUCGAUCACGCGGUAAUCAGACUCUACGAAACAAAAGAGUGGAGAGAAGUCAAACCGCCAUUGAGCGCCCACUCUCUAACUGUUACCUCACUCGCUUUCUCUGCAGACGACAAGUAUCUCCUCAGUGUGGGCCGCGAUCGCCAAUGGGCACUAUUCGCCCGCUCUUCAGCCACCAACACCUACUCCCUCGCAACCGCAAACCCCAAAGGCCACAGUAGAAUGAUACUAUCUUGUUCAUGGGCUGGACGCUCCGCAAGCCACAUCUUCGCCACCGGCGGCAGAGACAAGAAUGUAAAGAUUUGGGCUGUGGAUGCUUCCUCAGAGACCGUGAACGCGGACCUCAAACUCGCCAUCCCUACCUCUGCACCUGCCACUUCUGUCGCUUUUUACACUGGCGAUGGUGCUGGUUCUGGGACUGUCAUCUUGGCUGCGGGAACUGAAGAUGGCAGUGUUACGGUGUUUACCAUCAGCAUGCAUGAUUGGGCUGUCAAGAAUACUUGCAAGAUUGGAGAGUAUAUGCAACCUUCCGGUGCUAUCAAUGCACUGAGAUGGCGACCCCAAGUGCAAGGAGAAGAAACAAAAGCACAAUUGGCCGUUGCAAGCGAGGAUCUCAGUGUCAGAUUGUUCGGCUUUGAAAGAUUGAUUGGUUAG